CUUAAUCUCUGGCUGGGCCCGAAGGUGAGCGCCGGAAACCUUCGGAAAGUGCCGAAGUCCGGGACGGUUAGGAUUGUCGGAAGUAGUCGAUUGCUUGGACAGGGCUGGUGGAGAAGAGCGGGGAGAGUCUGCGGAAGACACCAAAGACUGGGACGAUUUGAAUUUUCUGAAGAAGUCGAAUUCUUGGUAGGGGGGCGGUGCUGGGCGCAGAGGAACGCAAGGACCUACGGAAACACCCGAACCUUGAAGAGCUAGUAUCCGAAAAGUUACGAAAACCUGGGAAGCCGGCGAAAUUCUCGCUUCGGGUGUUUUCGGAAGCAGCCGAAGCCGCUGCUCCCUACGCUUUCCUUUACGGCCCGGAAAUAGCCGACGCGUUUCGGAGCCAGGCCCUGGGGGGAGGGGCGCCUCGCGGGAGGGCUAGUGGGGAGAGGGGCGGAGCCGGGGCGGGGCGGGCGGCCGGGGCUUGACUAGGUAGGAGGCGGCGGAACGCCGGCGGCGGCCGGAAGUAGCCGAAGCAAGCGGCGGAAGUAGCCGAAGUAGCCGGAGCAGGCGCGCGGCAAGGCGAGGCGAGAGCUGCACAGGGCCCUACGCGGCCGCCUCAGCAUGUCGGACUUCGACGAGUUCGAGCGGCAGCUCAACGAGAAUAAGCAAGAGCGUGACAAGGAGAACCGGCACCGGAAGCGCAGCCACAGCCGCUCUCGAAGCCGGGACCGCAAGCGCCGCAGCCGGAGUCGCGACCGGCGCAACCGGGACCAGCGGAGCGCUUCCCGGGACAGGCGGCGACGCAGCAAACCUUUGACCAGAGGCGCUAAAGAGGAGCACGGUGGAUUGAUUCGUUCCCCCCGCCAUGAGAAGAAGAAGAAGGUCCGUAAAUACUGGGACGUGCCACCACCCGGCUUUGAGCACAUCACCCCCAUGCAGUACAAGGCCAUGCAAGGUAGGCUCUGGCUGUGCUCUGCCACCCUUGGGCCCCGUCCUUGGGCAACAAAAAGUUUGCUACCAUCGUCGAAGGAGGCCAUGAUGGACUUCUUCAACGCCCAGAUGCGCCUGGGGGGGCUGACCCAGGCCCCCGGCAACCCCGUCUUGGCUGUGCAGAUUAACCAGGACAAGAACUUUGCCUUCUUGGAGUUCCGCUCAGUGGAUGAGACAACCCAGGCUAUGGCCUUCGAUGGCAUCAUCUUCCAGGGCCAGUCGCUGAAGAUCCGCCGGCCCCACGACUACCAGCCCCUGCCUGGCAUGUCGGAGAACCCCUCUGUCUACGUGCCUGGAGUCGUGUCCACCGUGGUCCCAGACUCUGCCCACAAGCUGUUCAUCGGAGGCUUGCCCAACUACCUGAAUGAUGACCAGGUGAAAGAGCUGCUGACGUCGUUCGGGCCUCUCAAGGCCUUCAACCUGGUCAAGGACAGCGCCACGGGGCUCUCCAAGGGGUACGCCUUCUGUGAGUACGUGGACAUCAACGUCACGGAUCAGGCCAUCGCAGGGCUGAACGGGAUGCAGCUGGGGGAUAAGAAACUGCUUGUCCAGAGGGCCAGUGUGGGAGCCAAGAAUGCCACGCUGAGCACCAUCAACCAGACCCCUGUGACCCUGCAAGUGCCCGGCCUGAUGAGCUCCCAGGUGCAGAUGGGCGGCCACCCGACCGAGGUCCUGUGCCUCAUGAACAUGGUGCUGCCCGAGGAGCUGCUGGACGACGAGGAAUAUGAGGAGAUCGUGGAGGACGUGCGGGACGAGUGCAGCAAGUAUGGGCUAGUCAAGUCCAUCGAGAUCCCCCGGCCUGUGGACGGCGUGGAGGUGCCUGGCUGCGGAAAGAUCUUCGUGGAGUUCACCUCUGUGUUUGACUGCCAGAAAGCCAUGCAGGGCCUGACAGGUCGCAAGUUCGCCAACAGAGUGGUUGUCACAAAAUACUGUGACCCCGACUCUUACCACCGCCGGGACUUCUGGUAGAGGCGGCAGGGGAGGGCAGGGGCAGGGCUGGUUGGGGACUUCUCCCCUGCCUGCUCCCCCUCUUUUUCCCCCUCUGAAGACGAUGGGCAGAGGAGUGACAGCCGAAUGACAACCGGCAGCAACUGGAAUGGCAGCAAUUAAGGGUGGGGGGUGGGCUGGGGGUUCGGGGCUGGGAGGGGGCUAGGGAAGUGCGCACACAGGCCCACACAGACACAUGCACCCACAGACACAGAGGGAAGGGGUUGGGAGGGGUGCACAGCAGGGUGGGGUCCGACCCCCAUGGCCCCUUCCCAAAACAGUCUCUCUUCCCUUAUACCCCCUUUCUCUUCCCCUUCCCCACUGUAGAAACAUAGCGUGUUUAUAUUUUAUGGCCAAACUUUUGAAUUUUGUUGUCCGGCCCCUGGUUCCCUGCCCUCUCCCCUUUCAGGACCACAGCUCCCGUCCUCUUGGCCUCUGGUCCUCUCCCCGGUGUCCUCCCUGGUUUCUUACAUAGUUGAUUCUCUCUUUAGUCUCCCUGGACCUGCCCCCCAGCCCCAUGGACCCUGUCCCUCUCCUACUCUCUGUGGCAGUUUCAUAUUUGCUAAGACGAAUUUGCUCAUUAAACAUUUUGUUGUAUUUUACUUUAUGGA